CUGAGAGCAGCGCAGAAACCAGCAGCCAUGAAGUGGAGCGCAGCCAUCUGUUUCGUCUUUCUACUCAGUUUUGCUGAAUCCAAAGUACCGCACAGACAUGAGUUUGGAAUCGCUUCUACACUGGAUUCUUCCCAGUGCUCGACGCAGAAGAAUAUCCAUAACCUUGCCACCAUCACCUUUGCCCAGUUUGCUCCUGAAGCGACUUUCGAGGAAGUGAGCAAGAUGACGAGUGACGUAUUGACUGCAAUUAAGAAAGCCACUAGCAAGGAGCAGGAAGAAGGGUGCUUAGAAAACAAGCUCUCCGUGUUUCUGGAUGAAAUCUGCCACGAGAAAGAGCUCACUGAAAAGUACGGACUCUCCGGCUGCUGCAGCCGGAGCGGGGAGGCGAGGCACCACUGUCUGCUGGCGCGCAAGAAGACCGCCCUAGCCGCUGUCCCGCCCUUCCACUUCCCAGAGCCUGCUGAGGCUUGCAAAGCCUACGAAGAAAACAGGGCCAUGUUCAUGAGUAGGUUCAUCUAUGGAAUAUCAAGAAACAACCCCUUCAUGUAUGCACCUGCCAUUCUUUCGUUGGCUGCCCAGUAUGACAAAGUAGUUUCCGCCUGCUGCAAAGCUGAAAACACCGAGGAAUGCUUCCAGUCAAAGACACCAUCACUUGCCAAGGAAUUGAGAGAAGGAAGCUUGCUAAAUGAGCAUGUGUGUGCAGUGAAAAGAGAAUUCGGAUCCCGAAACCUCCAGGCCAUAACCAUGGUCAAGAUGGUUCAAAAGUUUCCCAGGGUGAAUUUUACCGAGAUUCAGAAGCUGGUCCUGGAUGUGGCCCACAUUCAUGAAGAAUGCUGUCAAGGAAAUGCAGUGGAGUGCCUCCAGGAUGGGGAAAAAGUUAUGUCAUACAUAUGUUCUCGACAAGAUAGUCUGUCAAGCAAAAUAGCAGAAUGCUGCAAAUUACCAACAAUCGAACUUGGCUAUUGCAUAAUCCAUGCAGAAAAUGAUGACAAACCGGAAGGCUUAUCUCUAAAUCUGAAAGGGUUUCUGGGAGAUAGAAAUUUUGCCCAGUUUUCUCCAGAGGAAAAAAUCAUGUUCAUGGCAAGCUUUCUUUAUGAAUAUUCAAGAACACAUCUUGAACUUGCUGUCCCAGUCAUUCUAAGAGUUGCUAAGACAUACCAGGAAAUACUGGAGAAGUGUGCCCAGUCGGAAAACCCACUUGCAUGCCAGGACAACCUGGAGGAAGAAGUGCAGAAACACAUCCAGGAGAGCCAGGCGCUGGCCAAACAAAGCUGUGCUCUCUCCCGGAACUUAGGGGACUACCGCUUACAAAACGUGUUCCUCAUCGCCUAUACAAGGAAAGUCCCUCAGCUGACCUCGGAGGAGCUGCUGGACCUCACCCGGAAGUUGGUGGGCAUUGCAUCCACGUGUUGCCAGCUCAGCGAGGACAAAUGGUCCACCUGUGGUGAGGGAGCGGCUGACCUUUUCAUCGGACACUUGUGUAUACGACAUGAAGCAAGCCCCCUGAACCCUGGUAUUGGACAAUGCUGCAACUCUUCCUAUUCUAACAGGAGAACUUGCAUCACCAGCUUGGUGAUGGAUGAGACCUAUGUCCCUCCACCAUUCUCUGCUGACAAAUUUGUCUUCCACAAGGACCUGUGCCAAGCCCAGGGCCGAGCCCUGCAGACCAUGAAACAAAAGCUUCUCAUCAACCUUGUGAAGCAAAAGCCUGGAAUAACAGAGCAGCAGCAUGAGGCUGUCACCGCCGAUUUCUCUGGCCUUUUGGAGAAGUGCUGCCAAGGUCAGGAGCAGGAAGCAUGUUUUGCAGAAGAGGGCUCAAAGCUGAUUUCCAGAACUCGUGAUGCUUUGGGAGUUUAAACUGUUCCAGAAGGAAGAGAGGACAAAACGAAUUGAUGGUUUAGUGUGAGCCUUUUGGUUUAAUUGUAACUGACAAUACUUUAAUGACAUGGUGAAGACUUCCAUGUGACAUCUCCCUACCUUAGAAAUAAAGACUUUUCAACUGUU